AGAGUCCUUCCUUUUGCAGUGUUCUGAGUUUUAUGUUUUCCGACCACUUCGAUUUGCAUCUUUAUAACGUACCAGCAUGGCACCUAAAAUGAGAACCCGUGGAACCACAAGAUCACUACAAUCCAGCAACGAUGAAGAGACAAAAACUAAUGCCCACAGUGAGGACUCCCCAUUGGAGGUUGGUCAGGCACUCAGGGGGAAGAGGAAAGCUUCAGGUUCAGGAAACACUGGAAAACAGGAGAGUUCAAAGGCAAGAAAAUCUCCUGAAAGACCACAGUAUUGUCACUGGCUGAUGAAGUCAGAGCCAGAGAGCCGCUUGGAAAAUGGCAUAGAUGUCAAGUUUGGGAUCGAGGAUCUGAAGACUCUUCCCAACCAAACUGGGUGUUGGGAUGGUGUUCGGAACUACCAAGCCCGUAACUUCAUGCGAGACAUGAAAGAGGGGCAGCAUGCAUUCUUCUACCACAGCAACUGCAAGGAGCCUGGAAUAGCUGGAGUUAUGAAGAUUGUAAAGGAGUCCUAUGUGGACCACACUCAGUUUGACAAGAAAGAUGUCCAUUACGACGCCACCAGCAAGGCAGACAACCCCAAAUGGAGUAUGGUUGAUGUCCAGUUUGAGAGGAUGUUGAAGCGCUUCAUUCCGCUGUCUGAGUUGAAGAAGAUCCACCUGCAGCACAAGGCCAAAGGCGGGUCCCUGAAUGGCAUGGCUCUCUUCACCAGGGCCAGGCUGUCUGUCCAGCCCCUCACCAGAGAGGAAUUUGAAUUUGUCCUGAGUUUGGAGGACAAUAACCCACUGUGAAGAUUUUGACAAAAUUACCUGGAGAGAAGUUUUCCUGUCUUGUGUAUGAUGAUGAUGAUGAUGCUGCUGCUGCUGCUAAUAUGUUUACUGUAGGUGAGGUCUAUUGAACCAUUAUGCUUGUGUAUUAAAUGGAAAUUGUCUCAAGGUUUCUGUGUUUGUCAAGAGACAGCCUGGAGUUUAUUUCUAAUAUUAAAGAGGCUUAUACUAGU